GCAAAGCAUCGGACCACAAACGAUGGACUCUGAAAUAUUUUAUUUUAACCGACACAAGAGCGUAGAUCACUGAAGCGGAUAUUUUUAUGCCUAAUCCUAUGACAGAUGCAUGUAAAUUAAUCCUCGUGAAGGUAUACCGAUGCAAAGUACCACUAUAAUGUCUGACGAAUGGGUGCGCCAAUGUGUUAACCACACCCGACGACGUUAAUGUUCGCGUGACGCGUUUCGCUCCGCUUUAAUUAACUAAAUCCUCAAAACUUCUCUCCCUCUCUGCACUUUUUUUCCACAGAGGAAGUGAGUAAUGGAAAGUAGAUGCUUCCACGUAUAAUGUGUGCAAUCCAAACGUCCUCGGGUGUAACUCGCGAGAAAUUAUGUUUCGUAAAUAUUGCUGCGCCCUUUAUUUUCACACUUUUUUUUUAUCGAAGCUCUUUCCUCAGUGGCGAUUCGAAUGAAUUAUUUUCUCUUUCGUUAUCAUUCACUAGGCGUGGGGUAGACAUUCGAGAACUUGGUCGAAUUUUUGACUGAGUGAUUUCCAUUAAAACAUGUUAGUCGUGCAAAAAAUAACGAUAUCAUCUCCUUUAUUCUAACGUCGAUUUGCACUGAAACAACACUGUUGAUACUUUUAAUGGAUUUUACAUAUUAUUGGAAUUAUCAAUUAGUAUUUAUAUUCUUUUUUUUAUAUACACAAUUUUGAAAAACCUACGUAUAUAAAUUACUUUUACAAGAAGUUUUUUCUUUUUGUUUAUCGUGUAUGCUGAGUAAAGUGUUCUUCGAGCUUUGAUCUUGUUCGGUCGAUAAGCUGCCAGCGGAUUGGCAAUUUUAGUGUAAUUUUUUUCAACUGCGCAACAAUUUUCCAUUGAGCAAUCUCAAGUUUUAAAACUUGAAAUGAAAGUGUUUGGGCAGAAAAAAAUCCGAGCGAAGGUCGCUACUGCUCACGCUGUAAAAGGGUCGAAAAAAGAUGGUACUCGAGAUAGCUCCGAGUUUCUCAAUCAACAUAGGAGGGAUAAUUGAAUGAAAAAAAAGAUGAAUGUUCUCGUCAUCGUUUGUAAACCGGACGUUGUUGUCUUCGCUGAAUACUUUAGGAUGUGGACGAAACACGCGUGUGGUGGUGGUGGUGGUGGUAAUGUCAGCCUUUCUUGGACAUGACCAGAUGACUGCAAGAUUAAAAUCCCCGAUAAUUUCUCAACUAAAAGGCCCAAAUUGCAGCGAAUUCACGGAGCGCAGAGUAACCGAAGGUUCUUGAGAUUUUAAUGUCCGGAGCGCCACCAAGUGGAAAAUAUAUUGCGAAUAAUUUGGAUAAUUACACAGAUUUAUUUAAUGUAGUAUUUUGAGUUUUAUUUAAUGAUGGAUUGCUUGAGCACCCAUAAAGUUUUGUUUUUUAAUUCAAUGGUAUCAAUGGUACAACUUUAGACAGGUUGAAAUGUCGUCGAAUUCGUGUAUGCUCAAAAUAGGAAAGAGAAAAAAAUCGGAGUACAAUUUCAUUCGUUUGAAUCGUUACUAAAUAUCGUUACGCAAAACAUCAGUGGCAACUAACGAAAGAGGAUUCUAUUUCCAAAUUUUGAUACUAAUAAAGGGCAAUCUCAGUUUUUUUUCAUCGUAAAUAUGGAGUAAGUAAAUAUUUUGGAGUGAUUUGUAUUUGUUUUUGUAAAAUCCUCUAUAAAAAAAAUCGUCCACGUUUGAAAAAAAAUAGGGGAGUAUUUGAUGUGUAGAAUGAGAAUUUAUGAAGAAUUCGAUGAUUCAGAAAGGAGUCGAGCGCGCGUGAGAUUAUUGCUGUACAGAGAGAGAGAGAGGAGAGAACUACUGUGAGCGAGUGGAGGGAGGAUACGGGCACAGUAUAGCUAUAGCGUGGGGUGUGGAUUCUCGUAGCGCUGCCGGUUGCCGGUUGAGACCGGCUCAGCUUAGCGUAGAGUCCCUCAGUCGAUCCUCGACGCGCGACCUGUUGGCGUCGCACAACUCGAAUCAUCGUGAUCGCGCGCGUGCGUUCUCUCGCUCUUUUUCUCUUGUAUUUUCGGAUUACGCGUGCAUAGCGCAGGUGAUGGGUUUUCAUUCGAAUCGUUUGCGAGAAGACGAUAUACGCGACAUCGAUUCAAAACUGAUAAAACCUCAAAAUUCAGUGUCCGCGGGUGUGCGUGUAUGUGCGGUGCGUGUGUACUCGCUCACGCAUUGUCCGACAGUGUCUCGAGCUCGUAGAGCACGUCCUGUAACGUCCGGUUUGACGAGGAAUACACGGACGUGACUUUACGAUCAAACGUCUUGACUUUCGCGUUAAUUUUUAUUUAUUCAACGGCAAGAACACGCAUCAAUAACAAGAUACGUGGAUGAAUUUGAAAAAUAACGUUCGUGUCGUACGAAUCUUAGAAAACAGUGAUUAAACGCAAUUUAUUCAAUAACUCAUAGGUUGAUGCAUUUUCAACAAUUCCAUAUUAGGAUGAGUUAGUUCCUGUGUGGCGUUUACUGUUACUUUUGCCUCUUAUGAUGUGCGUGUUCGGGAGUGAGAAAGAGAAAGAGUGAAGCUUCUUAGCCUCUUUUCACGUGUGCCCGGAAUAAGAGAUUUGGAGUGGGAUAUUCGAAAAAGAAAGAAAACAGAAUAUACCUGUUGCAAAGUGCUGAAUAGCGGGCGAUGAUUUAUGUCCGAGCGUAAUUGCACGUAUAAUAGUUCGAGUUUUAUUUCAUGCUAAAUCAGGGUCGGCGGUAAUCCGCAGUCGUCGCUCGUUUUAUUGUCAAACCGAUCGAAAAUAGUGAAAAGUGUCUCGUGGAAAGAGUUCGUCAUUCCGAAAAUUGUAAAGCGUAUUUCGAGUUUUCUUUGGAAAAAGUAACAACGACAGCCGCUAUAUUGGAGAGAAAGCGAGAAAGCGGCGUGCCGCUUUUCUGUGUGCCGCGACAGAGGCGCUCCACCCAGUCCGAAAACAAUGACGAGAUGAUUGCGAGCCUACCGGCAAACGGCGGCGGCGGAGGAGGAGGUGGAGGAGGCAGCGCCGGUCCGGCCAGUCGAGUUGGUCGAGGCAUUGCUCUUCACAGAUCAAACUCAAGCCUCGAGCUGCCCCACGGACCGGAUCCGACUAUAAGAAUACCCGAGACACCCCUCAGACGGGAAUAUGGAUCUCAUGGAAGCAUCGACGUCGUAGCCCAGUCAGUAUCAGUUGGAGAAAAUCUUUUCGCAAUGCUUCAAGAUUUUUGUCCGGCGGACCAGCGGAGUCCCGUAUCGAGAGAUUAUCUUCGGCGUGUAGCGGACAGUCAGUCCCCCGAUACCGAUGAAGUUUGCGGGCCAACGGGCUCGAGUCCGAAAUUACGGUUGAAGUUGAAUCGUCUCUGGGGAGGGAAACCACCGCGCGGAGUCGACGAACCUUGCACGAGUCCCGUUGUCUCCGCUGAUAUCGAAGAGAGACACCGGAGACGAGCUUUCGCUCAUUAUGAUUGUCAAUCAUUGACGGCCAAUCUUGGAUACGCGGCUAAGCUGCGGGGCAUCUUGCUGGCCAGGCGAAGAAACACCGCGACCGGAGCAUCGGCUGCCAGCGCCCUCAGAGCUUCCACGCCUGAUGAAGCGCCUGAAGAAGAUUCUGGCGAUGGCAAAAGUAAUGAUCUGCUGGAGUCCUGCCCCUUUUUCCGCAAUGAAAUCGGUGGCGAGGGCGAACGCGAAGUCGGACUGACACGGUGCCCGAAUGUGAACGGCGUUCACAGGCCAUCGCUCGCUUAUGGGGUUACCGUGCUGGAACCACCUCCCGGUGAAACAUCGUGGAAACAGACGUGUCCGUUGCAGAAACGACCGUUGCCCAUUGAGAGCGUUGACGAGGGUGCACACUAUUACAGGCGAUAUUUUCUCGGUCGCGAACAUCAAAACUGGUUCGGCAUGGAUGAACAAUUGGGACCUGUGGCAAUCAGUAUGAAAAAGGAAGGGACUCAGUAUCGCAUAAUCGUUCGUACAUCCGAGUUACUCACCCUUCGCGGCUCCGUACCUGAGGAAGCCUUGGGAAUUCGACCUCAGGGUAGACCGCCGACGAGAGAGCUUCUAGAACUCGUUGCUCCUGAAGUACAAUUGGGCUGUCUUCGACUGGGGACACCCGCAGCCGAAGAAGCUGUCGCCCGACUCGACGAGCAAGGACUCUCGAAUCGCUACAAAGUCGGUGUACUUUACUGCAGAUCGGGACAAAGGACCGAGGAAGAAAUGUACAAUAAUCAACAUUCCGGCCCAGCGUUGCUCGAAUUUUUAGAUACUAUCGGCCAGAGAAUAAGACUGCGAGGCUUCGAGGGCUACAAAGCCGGCCUUGACACGCGAACCGAUUCGACGGGGACUCACGCGGUAGCAGCGACUCAUCGAGGCGCCGAAGUGACGCUCCACGUCUCGACGAUGUUACCAUUUACGCCAAACAACAGACAACAGUUGUUGAGAAAACGACACAUUGGUAACGACAUCGUCACGAUAGUGUUCCAAGAACCCGGAGCAUUGCCAUUUAGUCCGCGAAGAAUACGUUCGCAGUUUCAGCAUGUCUUCAUAAUCGUUAGAGCGAUUAAUCCAUGCACAGAAAAUACGCAGUACAGUGUUGCUGUGUCCAGAAGUAAAGAAGUACCAAUCUUUGGCCCACCCGUAAUUCCCGGAGCAACUUACACAAAAGGAAAAGCAUUCGCGGAUUUCUUGCUCGCCAAAGUAAUCAACGCCGAGAACGCCGCGCAUAGAUCCGAGAAAUUUGCUACCAUGGCUACGAGAACGAGGCAAGAAUAUCUGAAAGAUCUUGCUACGAAUUAUUCAUCGACAACGCUCGUCGAAACGGGCCCCAAAUUCUCGAUGCUCUCAUUCAGUAGUAAGAAAAAAGUGCCCGUACGUCCCCGUUUAUCUUGUGACGCUUCGCAACGCGGAGCCAUCUGUUGGCAAGUAAUAUUGGAGGACAGUAAUCAAAAUACAGAUUGUUAUCUCGGGAUAAGCGUCGAUACGAUAGUCCUCAUCGAGGAGCAUUCUCGACAGAUUGUUUCGGUAACACCUUGCGUAAGUGUGCUAGGAUGGCACGCGCAAACCAACAGUCUACGCUUGUAUUAUCAUCAAGGCGAAUGUAUUACGAUUCACGUGAGAGGAGAUUACGGUGAACGCGAUGAGUUGAUGGAAAUUGUCGCGAGGUUACGUGCCGUCACACAAGGAUCGCCAGCUUCUGAACUUUCCCUCAAAAGGAACAAUCUCGGACAACUCGGAUUUCACGUUCAGCCGGAUGGCGUUGUGACUCAGGUCGAAAGCAUGGGUCUCUCGUGGCAAGCUGGACUCAGACAGGGCUCGAGACUCGUUGAGAUCUGCAAAGUUGCUGUAUCCACUUUGAGCCACGAUCAAAUGGUCGAUUUAUUGAAAACGAGUGCCCAGGUUACGGUUACCGUUAUUCCUCCGACCAACGAUGGCCAUCCACGACGGGGAUGCACAUUGCAAAAUUGUCAAUAUCUUUCAACGAAUUACGAGGGAGAUUACGAGAACGUGACGAAUCCGGACAACACACCGAGCCAGCAAACUGCAAUGGCACAUCAAAAGCGGUACGAAAGAUCAUUUAGUCCGCCCCGUUCGAGCACCAGCUCUGGAUACGGUACAGGAUCAAGCUCGAGGUCGUUCAACGAUCCGCGGUUUCCACCGGAGGGUACGAUGACCAGCAGCAGUAGCGGACACAGUAGCGUUGACGACAGAUGGUACGAACUUUCGGAGACUCACGAUCAGGAUCCGAAUCAUCGUACGGACGGGACUCCACCGCCGUUACCAGCACGACAAAUCCAUCAGGGAAUGACACCGUCCAAAAAUUCAGGGACGAAGAUAAAAGAACAACGAGAAUCGCAUUAUUCGAGCGCAAAAGCUCUCACGGAAAGUGUAAAACAACAUUACAACAAUCAACACGAUCAUUACGCAAAAGAAAACAAUUACGUGUCGCCUCGAGCGAUUCACGAGAACGUCAGGCAUCAAGAUAAUAAUUAUUCGAGAAUCGAGAACAACGGCUGUGUUCGUAGCAACGAUCACGUUACGACGAAUCACGUUAAGAUCCAGAAAGAAAAAUACGAAAUAAAACACGAGAACAUAUACGCGUCGCAGCGUGAAUUACAUAAAAACGAUGCUCCGACUCAGCAACAUACUCAUCAAAAAUUAGCUGCGUCGAAUUCAUUGCCACUAGCUCAGAACGUUGGCUACAGCCUUCCAAAAUCUACGAGCAACAAUAAUCUCAUGAGAUACAACGAGUACGAUCAAACGUCGCACGAUCGUAACACCGUCAAGUACGAGUACGAGGUGGCCGGUAUCGUUUCCACCAGUAGAAACGCAAAAAUCGAUUACGAAUUGAGAAAUCCAGUUGAGCGUACGUCAAAGUACGAGUACGAUGGUAAAAACGGUGGAUUGAAACACGAGCACGAUGCCAAAAAUGUGACUGAUCGUAAUUCAAAGUACGAUUUGUACGACGAGAGAAACGACGAUAGAGCGCGAUUCGAGCAGAGCAGUCGAUCCCACGACAAACGCUCGAGCGCUUACGAGCUUAUGGAUAAUUGUUAUGACCAUCAGUCGGCGCAAAUGAAUGAGAAAAAAAUUGACGACAUGAACGAGGCUAAUCGCGAUUCAGUGCGAUACGAUGUUUCUCAUGAUUUCAAAGUUGGCGAGAAGGUCACGUGUCUCAAGGCGAGCAUAACCGAACGCGCUGUACCUCACAAAGUCAGUAUCGAGUACAGACCGAAAGAUUUUUCAUCGAGCUUGCCACCGGAAAUGAGAAUCACCGAUGGUAAUUGUACUGACAUCUCGACGUUACCCAGCGAAGAUGAGCUCUCCAACGGUUCGGGCAAUGUCUCGCCGAGACUCCGACGAGCGAGCAAACACCGCGGUGGUAAUUUGGGAUCUUCUAAUGGCAGCUCGAGGAAUCAAAGCCCCAGACCAAAACCUGGCGUUCGCUCUUCACAUAGAAACUCUGCGAAUCUCACAUCGAGUACGCUUCAAGAAGAUCUCAUGAAAUUGAUUAAUCCGGACUUUAUCGCUGACGACAGUCAAACAACAAACAACAAUAUCUCAAACACCAUCGAAAAUGGUCAAAACGCUACUAACAGAAUCAACAACAAUAAUUUACUGGAGAUACAAAACCGAUGUCGAUCUCGGGAAAACCUUUGUGGCAACAGUGCUACCACACUCAGCGUUUUGCCCGUUAACGGACAAGAAAAUGGAAAUUCAGGAUCGGAAGUCAUACUCACAAUGGCCAGACCGGCUACUGUCAUUUCUAACGCUAGUACUGCCUCGAGUCCCGCGCCGAGCGAGAAUAAGAUGUCGAAGGAAGAGAGACUCUCACCUCGCGUUACAAAACUACCCCACGCGGUGACAAAACCGUCGAACAAUUUAACAACGGUUGAUCUUCAAUCUGAAAACGACAUUGAAUGCUGGAGCAAUCAUCAUAACGAACCACAAGGACGAUCAACGAAGCAGCACCCUUCAGAUUGGAAUGAAGAACGAAUCUUGACAGGCGUCAAUCCAAUCCCGAAUCCCGCGUCUGAACUACAGACACAUUUGUCAACAUUGGAGCUCAGAGUAUCAAGGGAAACUCGUCGACGAUUGUCUCUCGAGGAUGAAGUGCGCCGUCUUCGGGAAGAAAAUCGUCGACUGCAGGAUGAGAAUCACGCGGCCGCCCAGCAGCUCCGACGCUUCACCGAAUGGUUUUUCCAAACGAUAGAUCAUCAAUGAAGGAUCGACGAGAAGAGAAAUUGGAAAUUCAAUAAAUCCCACGAUCGCUAGUAUUACAAAAAUCCACAUGGACAACCUGAUUUAUUUGUUUUGUAGCUCGAGCGCGAACUUUCCGAUGUUAAACGCAGUAUUAAAAAUCAUCCAUGAUGUGCUCUCUUUACCGAAACAGACAAUUCUAUUCUUUACUUUCUUAUUUCUAUUUUGAAUGACGAAGACGAUCAUACUCUUCGGUAUCAAUAUUAUAUUAUACGAGCAGAAGCAUAUUAAUAGAUGCAAUUUCCGGAUGUACGAAAAAAAGACUCAAAAAAAUUCAUUCAACGUUAUCUCGUAAAAUGUUAAAUCUACAUUAAUUUCGUACAAAUGAUUUAAAUCACAAGAUCGUUGCGCGUAUAAUCUCUGGAAACGACCAAAUGACCAAAUAUUUUUAGCAUGUUAAGAAUUUAUGCAUUAAUUCAUCUAUAAUUUAUUAUAUAUAUAUUUUAUAUAGCAGUACAAUGUAAAGAAAAAAUGGUCGAUUUAAAAUUAUGUAGCUUUCUUUAAUCUGUUUAAUUUGAAAUGUUCAACCUGAAAUUACGAUGAAAUGGUAUGAUCUUGUUUCAUGCGGAGUCUUAUCCCCUUAGCGAGCAGAAAAUCAAAUAUAUGAUUUUCCAAUAACGUUAGAGACAAACGAUUUGUCGAGAAUAAUAUAAAACUGUCAAUAAAGAGAAUUAUCUUGAUGAAAAAUGUAUAAUACAUGAUCCCCGAUCAAGCGCCAUGAUUCAGCGUGCGGGGAAGAAGAGGGGAAGAAAUAGUUGUACGAUGAAUAAGAAAUUCAGAAUCGUUAGAAUAAAAUAGUUUAUUGUAA